AUGCGGGUUCUCAGAGCGGCUCGGAGUAACCUGGUUGCCCCCACGAAUCCUAGCCGCCGAUUCUUGGCCUCUUCAGCCCGUCGACAGGCCAGCUCAAGCACACAGAAUCCUUCCGUAGCCCAAGGCUCGACAUCCAGUGCUUCCAGCACGCGCAACUUGGUGCUUGGCCUCCUCGCCAUCGGUUUCGGUGCCAAUGCCUUCUAUCUCUCGCGACAAAGCGGUGCUAGGGACAAGAAAAACUCCAGCAAGAUCAGCCUAGACGGCCCCAAGGCAGCAAAACCCAUCGCAGGCUAUCCUUACGACGAUCCUCAGCUUCCAUUCUCCUACGGCAGCAAAGAGGACUUCGAAGCAGCCAUCGAGGAGCUCAAAGCCUACUUUACCUCACAAGGCGAAGACUGGGACGAUCAUGUCACCACUGACGAUGACGAACUCGAGCGACGUGGUAUCGACGAGAAUGGCCACCGCAGCUCGUCCGAGGGCACCAAGCCUUCGGUCGCAGUAUACGUGCGCGAUACUCCGGAUGUUCAGGCGGUGGUCCGCAUCGCAAACAAGUACCACAUGCCCAUCGUACCCUUCUCCGGCGGUACAAGUCUCGAGGGUCACUACGUAGCACCUUUUGCCGGCAUCUCGAUCGACAUGAGCAGGAUGGACAAGGUGCUGGCAUUCCACCCUGAAGACGGCGACAUGGUGGUGCAGGCAGGUAUCGGAUGGGAGACAAUCAACCAGUACUGCGAUAAGAAUGGCAACCAACUCUUCUUCCCUCUCGACCCUGGUCCGGGCGCCACCAUCGGCGGUAUGAUUGGGACCGGAUGUUCGGGCACCAACGCCGUGCGCUACGGUACCGCAAGAGGCGAGCACUUCCUCGAUAUGAAGGUGGUGCUUGCCAACGGUGAGGUCAUUUCCACUCGCGGCGGAGGUCGUGCGAGAAAGAGCUCGGCGGGUUUCGACAUUGGCAAGAUCAUCGUGGGCGCCGAAGGUACGCUCGGUAUCGUCACAGAAGCGACGUUGCGACUCGCACCCAAGAUGCCCGCCGAUGCCGUCGCCGUCGCGAGCUUCCCUAACGUCGAAGCGGCGUCGCAGACCGUCAACGAGAUCCUAUUGUCGGGCAUCCCAGUACAGUGCAUCGAGCUGCUCGACUACAAGAUGAUCCAAACCAUCAACCAGUCGAACCUGUGCGGUCGUUCGUACGACGAGAAGGAUUCGCUCUUCUUCAAGCUGAGCGGUGGUGAAGCGGCUGUCGCGGAAGCCAAGGAAGCCAUCACACGAGCCGCGGUCAAGUUUGGCGCCAAGAAGGAGAGCGUGGUGUUUGAAACCGACAAGCAGAGCGCGGCCAAGAUCUGGGAGGGCAGGAAGGCGGCUCUGUGGGCAGUGGCAGCGACGAACGAUGCACCAGGUUUCAAGGUGUGGACCACGGACGUGUGCGUUCCCAUCUCGGCGUUGCCUCGACUGGUAAGAGAAUCGCAGCAGGACUUCCAAGAGUCCGGACUUACAGGUACUGCGAUCGUCGGCCAUGCAGGAGAUGGAAACUUCCACGCCCUCAUCCCCUUCAACGCCCACGACGAAGAACAGACGCGCAUCACCACCGAGGUCGUUGGAAGGUUGUGCGAACGUGCGCAGAAGCUCGAGGGCACCUGCACGGGCGAACACGGCGUCGGCAUGGGCAAGAUCGAGUUCCUCGAAAAGGAGCUCCCCGCCGGCACGAUCCGUCUCAUGAAGGCGAUCAAGUUGGCCUUUGAUCCCAAAAUGCUGCUCAACCCGGGCAAGCUCUACCCGACCCCUGAGUUCACCGCUUCACACUAG